UUGAUAAUUAAUAAUUGAUAAUUAUAUAAAGUUAACGAAAUAGUUGAAUAAUUUGCGAUACUGAUGAAGUAGGUAUAUUUUUUUCAGUGUAUUACAGUUAAUAUUUAAAGUUGUCAGACACAAUGAGUGUAUUUAAACUGUAUCAUUUGAUAGUACAAUUAGUUGAAGUAUUAGAUUCGGAGUUUGCUCCAGAAAGACACUUGGAAAAACUUCAGAAAGAAAACUCGACAGUCAAUGCAUUAAAUACUGUUGCUCCUCACAGUUGCAUUCAGUAUCUUGCAAAAAUUUUACUUCAACCAGAAUUAUUUCUACAGAAAUAUGAGAAACUAAAUUCGAAAAAAGUAGAUUUGUUAGGUCCGUUUGUACAAACUUUAGAGUUGAUAUCUCAAGAUGAAGAAUUGAAGAAGUACCUGUUAAGAAAAUCCACAUCAGAAUUGAAAACUGGUGCUUUAAGAGAUCCAACUAUUACACAAGAAGAUUUACCAAAAAUCUGCAAAACUGUAAUUAAAGCUGCUGUAGAAGGUGAAAAGAAGUUAAACCAACAAGUUCAGUCAGUAAAAAUAUGUUCAGUCAAUAAAAAUGAUGGUGCCUUAAUGAAGCACAAUUGGGUAAUAGAGCGUCCACGUAUAACCUGGGACUUUUAUAGUGAUGCGAGUGUAACACUUUAUCAAAAGGUUGUACCAAUUGUGUCUCAAGAGUCUAUACUUCUGUGGGAUAUUUUAUAUUGUUUGAAAGGAAUAGAUGGAUCGUAUAUUGUUUCAGAACCUUUAACAAAUCCUUAUGGCGUCAAAACUUUUAAUAUAUCAUCAGAUGUUGGCAUAUCAUUUAAGCAACUAGCACAACAGAUAUUACCUUUAGCUUCCUAUUACUCCAUGACAGUGAGAUUUGUUGAGGAGAAAAUCUCACCAGAUGAUGGGCAAGUUAAUCAUGCUCUAAGAGGAGCGAUACGAUCUUUGCUGAAGGAUUAUUUGCUCUUUGUUGUGCAACUCGAGACAGAACACAUUCAUGGUAAAUUAAACUUGCAGAAACUGUGGUUUUACAUUCAACCUACUAUGCUUACAAUGUCUAUACUUUCACAGAUUACAUCUACAAUAUGCAAGGCGAAUGCCAGAGGGGGAAAAGUACUGAGCCUCCUUCACGAGCAAGCAUUAAAUAAUGUUAGUGGUGAAGCAAAGUCUAAAGAAUUGUGUCUAUAUCUGAUGCAAGCGGCAAGCAUGCCAUAUAUGCAAAUUUUAGAAAAAUGGGUUUACAAAGGAGUGAUAUGUGAUCCAUAUCAGGAAUUUUUUGUAGAAGAUAAUGAAUUAGUUCAAAGAGAAGAACUUCCCGUUGAUUAUUCGGCGGAUUACUGGGAGAAACGAUAUACUAUGCGGCCGGAAAGGAUACCUGUAUUUCUGAAUGAACAUGCACAGACUAUACUUAGAACGGGAAAAUAUUUUAAUGUGAUUAGACAGUGUGGUAAAACGGUACAGUGGGGAAAGCAAGAACCUUUAAGCUAUCAAUAUCAAGGGCAGAAGUACAUAGCUGCCAUCGAUAGGGCAUAUUCGGAAGCUGCCAGAAAAUUAUUAGAGGUGCUGAUGAAGGAAAAUGAUCUGAUGGGUAGGCUACGUAGUGUAAAGAGUUACUUUCUUCUUGCCCAAGGAGAUUUUGUGGUUCAAUUUAUGAAUCUGUGCGAAGCCGAGUUGAAUAAGAGUAUCUAUGAUAUUGUUCUGCAUCGUUUGGCAUCUCUUCUCGAGGUUGCUUUACGAAUGUCUACUGCGGAUUCUGAUCCUUAUAAAGAUGAUCUGAAGCCCGAAUUACAUCCUUAUGAUCUACAAUACCAAAUGUUUAAAAUACUUUCCAUUCAAACCAGAGAUGAGAAAGAAUAUUGUUUCCAAGCAGGUAAAAUUUUGACUGGUUUGGAAGCCUUUGUCUUCAAUUACGAUGUUAAGUGGCCGGUUUCUCUUAUCAUUAAUAGAAAAGCGAUAGCUUGUUAUCAAAUGUUAUUUCGACAUCUAUUUUGUUGUAAACAUGUUGAGAGGCUAUUAUGCAGAGUAUGGGUCAGCAAUAUAGCAAAGACUUUCACUCACGAGGUGGCCAUGGCUUACAGACAAGCAUUUUCAUUGCGACAGAGAAUGCUUGAUUGUAUACAGCAUUUGGAGUAUUACAUGAUGAUAGAAGUCGUGGAACCAAAUUGGUUGAAAUUUAUAAACAAAAUGAGCAAGGUCAGUAACGUUGAUGAUGUAUUGAGCGUGCACCAAGACUUGCAAGAUAGCUAUUUAAGGGAGUGUAUGUUGACGGAUCCCGAACUUCUUAGCAGCAUCACCGGUAUAUGCGCCAUAUGCACAGAAUUCUGCAAUUUCAUGCAGUGUAUGAGCCGCUACUACAUUGAUGCUGAAUUGACAUCCAUGAUCGGUGCCUGUCAGGAAGAUGUCUAUGAAUAUGAGAUGGAGAAUGGUUCUACGGCAAAGGAUGGGACAGAGAGCUUCGAGGAAACAAUUGUAUCGUUAGAUAAAAGAUUUACUAAAGUAUUAACACGGCUUCUAGACCGAAUCUGUGAUUUGGGUUGUGAUAACAACAAUGAGAAGCUACUUAACGUGUUAUGUCGGCUUGACUUCAAUAUGUUCUACACCGACGCACUGAUACGUCGAGGAAAAGAGAAGACUGCACAGCAAGAUGUAUCUGGCUAGUAAUACAUUGUCUUGUUCACAUUGAUUCAUUUACAACUACGUAAGAUCUAGGACAUUAAUUUAAUAAUAAAUCUUGCAAAAGUUUUAGGCAUACAUUCUGAGAAUAUCUUUUUCGUAACAUAUAUUUAAAUUGUAUUAUGAGUAUAAUUGAAGGUUAUAAUUGCUAUAAAAAGAUUCAUAAUAGUAAAAAAACUGUUUGUCUGCUUAAAACAAUAGUACAAAAUAUAAAAACACCUUUAAGUGCAUUGAAAACGCACGUUAUAAAUUGUGUAAUGAUAUCUAUCUAUUUGUAUAUCGUGUAAUAAUUAAGUAUAAGCUGUCUCGAUUGUAUUGAGCUAAUAACAUAUUUACACGCUUAAGCCUCUGUAUAGCGCAAUAAAAUUUAAGAUAUGUUUAUCAGUA